AUUGGUCGUAAAAUUUUCUCAAAACUUUUCAGUUACUAAAAAUUCGGCGAUCAGUUGAGGUCAUAAAUUUUAAGUCAUAAAUAAAAAUUUGCAGUUUUUAAAAUGGGCUUCGUAAACCGAGAAACCUUAUCCGUUCACAUUGGACAGGCUGGCAUUCAAAUGGGCAACAAUAUAUGGGAAUUGUUUUGCUUGGAACAUGGUAUUUCGCCGGAUGGGACAGUCGAACCGGCGACUGGCGACUGGGAAUCGGCGUUCAGCACCUUCUUUGCAGAGACACAGAGUAAAAAGAUUGUUCCACGUUCGAUAUUCGUCGACACCGAACCAACGGUUAUAGAUCAGACCAGGUGUGGAAAUUAUAGGAAUCUAUUCCAUCCCGAUCAGAUGAUUAAUGGUAAAGAGGACGCAGCGAAUAAUUUCGCACGUGGCUACAGCACAAUUGGGUCCAAUCUGCUGCCGAAAGUUUCAAACGAAAUUCGUAAAAUGGCCGAAAAAUCAAACAGUCUGCAGGGAUUCUUCAUUUAUCAUUCGUUCGGCGGUGGCACCGGUUCUGGAUUUUCUUCGCUGCUCAUUGAUAGUUUGCUUGAUAAUUACCCGAAAAAAUGCAAACUGGAAUUUGUUGUAUACCCAGCACCGAAUGUUUCAACUGCAGUGGUCGAGCCAUACAAUGCCAUAUUAUCCACACAUUGUACGCUGGAUCAAACCGACUGUGCUUUUAUGGUAGACAAUCAAGCAAUUUAUGAUAUUUCCCAUGAAAGACUGGGUAUAGAACGACCAUCAUACAGCCAUCUGAAUCGGCUAAUAUCCCAAGUUGUAUCGAGCAUAACAUCGUCUAUUCGAUUCAAUGGUUCUCUUAACGUUGAUAUGAACGAAUUUCAAACGAAUCUGGUGCCAUAUCCCCGCAUUCACUUUCCACUGGUAUCCUUCGCACCAUUCCUUCCCAGUCAGAAAGUGUCGCACGAAGGAGUAACAGUUGCGGACCUGACUUCCAGCGUCUUUGAAAAGGAAAAUCAAAUGGUGAAAUGCGAUCCAAAGGAUGGCAAGUACAUGGCGUGUUGCAUGUUAUACCGGGGCGAUGUGGUCCCGAAGGAUGUUAAUCAAGCGAUUGCAACGAUUAAGCAAAAGAAUGAUAUUCGAUUUGUCGAUUGGUCUCCGACCGGUUUUAAAAUCGGAAUCAAUUUGAACCAACCAUUUACCGUUCAGAAUGGUGAUUUGGCACAAAUCAGUCGUUCCGUUUCGAUGUUAGCAUCAACAACGUCCAUAGUUAAGGCAUGGAGUAGAUUGAAUAGCAAAUUCGAUAAAAUGUUUGCGAAGAGAGCGUUUGUACAUUGGUAUCUGAACGAAGGGAUGGAGGUGGAUGAAUUUAAAGAGGCUCGUGAAAAUUUGGCUGUUUUGGAAAAAGAUUACGAAGAAAUAGAAAGUGAUUCGAUAUGUUGAUAAACCUAAAUGUAAAUUGUUAACCACUAGGGGAAGAGAAGUAAAAAUUAAAAUGUUUUGAGUCCAAGGUCA